UCUUUCCUUAAUCUUACUCCUUACUAAAGCAUUUGUCAGGGACACACAACAACAUCUAGGUCCGAUUUUCAUCUUCAUUAUCCUUUCUGAUUUUCCUCUUUCUUCUUCUCUCUCUUCUCUCCUCUUCUUUUUUGUUUUUCUCUUUCUGUUGAGAAACCACCUAGGAGAACUUGAUCCGAUUCAUUUGUCAAGGACGCACAACACCCUUCAUCAGAUCUAGGUCUGAUUUUCAUCUUCAUCAUCCUUUAUGAUUUUCCUCUUUCCUCUUCUCUCUCUUCCCUCCUCUUCUUUUUUUGUUUUUCUCUUUUUGUUGAGAACCCACCCAGGAGAACUUGAUCUGAUUCAUUUGUCAAGGACGCACAACACCUUUCAUCAGAUCUAGGUCUAAUUUUCAUCGUAAUCAUCCUUUCUGAUUUUCCUCUUUCUUCUUCUCUCUCUUCUCUCCUCUUCUUUUUUGUUUUUCUCUUUUUGUUGAGAACCCAACCAAGAGAACUUGAUCCAAUCCAAAACCCAGUAAAGGUUAUAAAUAGUAAGCAGGAGCUUAUUCACAUGCGGUACCUUUUAAAUGAAAAGGGAAUUAUAGAUGUGUAUGUUGAGCAUGUCUGUGAUGAGCCAAGUAUUUUAGAUUUGCUUGAAGGUGGCACUAUUCUGCAAGAACCAAUUGAUGAAGGUACAAUGGACAUUGGGGAAGGCUAUGUGACACAAAAUUCACAACCAGCCCCAAAUUUUCAUGAAGCUCCAGAAACAACAGCUGAAGGUGAUGCUAAUGAAACAGAUGCAUUGCAUGGAGGUGAGUACAAUGUUGGAGAUGAACAUGAACUUGAAGAAGAAGAAGAAGAAGAAGAAGAAGAAGAAGAAGAUGUAAUAACUACUAGAAGUAGUGAUUUAUGGUUUAAUCCUUCAUGGACUACUGUUUGGUUUGAGGUAGGGAUGACGUUUGAGCAUGUAGCACAGUUUAAAGAGGCUAUAGCUAAGUACCAAAUUCAAAAAGGCUGUAAGUUGAAACCUGUUAAAAGUGACCCCACCAGGCAGAGAAUUCACCGUAUUGGUCAACAGUGCAACUGGAGUAUCUUUGCCAGUUUUGAUAAAAAUGACAAGACUUUUAAGGUGAAGACAUAUUGCAGGGAACACACUUGCUUUAGGAGUUUGAAGUCCGAUAUGGUUGGGUCAAGGAUACUUGCAGAACACCAUAGGAACAGAAUUUUUGCAAAUCCGCAGAUCAUAAUCAGUGAGAUAGUGAGAUUGUCUCAUUUAGAAUUAGGAGUUCAUGUUUCAAGGGAUAAGUCUAAACUAGCAAAGGAAAGGAUUAUGAAGGAGGUGAAGGAAACUCACACGAAGGAAUUUGCUCAGUUAAGAGGGUAUGUAGAAGAGCUGUUGAGAUUGUUCCCUCAGUCAAAUGUUCAAAUUAACAGUGAGCCACCCACAACUCCAGAGGGAAAACCUACGUUUAAAGGAAUCUAUGUGUGUCUAGAAGGAUGUAGGAAGGGUUUUCUACUGGGCUGUAAACCAGUAAUUGGAGUAGAUGCAUGUUUCCUCAAGGGGAUGUUCAAAGGAACUCUUUUGGCAGCUGUUGCAAGGGAUGGGAACAAUCAAAUAUGCCUAGCUGAUGAUCUAUCAAAUCACACUAGGCGAGAUUUAACGUUCCUUUCGGACCAACAUCCUGGGUUAAUCAAUGCAAGACAAACAGUUUUCCCCAAGGCUAGGCAUAGAUUGUGUGCCAGGCAUUUAUAUGCCAAUUGGCAAAAAAUUUUCAAAGGGAAACUAUUGAAAAAAAGAUUCUGGAUUGUUGCAAGGUCAACAUAUGAAGGUCAAUUCAACAAAAACAUGGAAGAGAUCAAAAAUUUAUCCGUGAAAGUUCAUGAUGCCUUAAAAUCAAUCCCACCAGACCUGUGGUGCAAGGCAUUCUUUGACACAUCAUGUAAAUGUGAUGUGGUGGAUAACAACAUAAAUGAAACCUUCAACAAUUGGAUAAUGGAUGCUAGGUAUAUGCUAAUCAUCCAACUGUUAGAAUAUAUAAGGGUUAAGGUGAUGGUUAGGAUGGCUAAGAACAAAGAAGAAAUCAGCAAAUGGAGAGGAAAUAUAGCACCCAGAAUUAGGAAGAAAUUAGAAGCACAUAAGAUUGAAGUUGCCAAAUACAGAUGUGAAUGGAAUGGCAGGACCCAAUAUGAUGUUUGGCAUUGGAAUGACAAAUUUGUUGUGGAUUUGAUUGGGAAAAAGUGUAGUUGUAGAGCAUGGGAUUUAACAGGAAUUCCAUGUCCUCAUGCAUUGUCUGCGAUAGGUUUAGGUAACUUCAACCCGGAUGAAUUUGUAUCAAUUUGGUACAAAAGGGUUAAGUAUGAACGUGCAUACAAUGUACCAAUCAUGCCUUGUAAUGGUGAGAAAUUUCGAGAAAAUUAUCAUGGGGAGCCACUAGAAUCACUGCCAUUUAGAUGCAAGCAGGGUAGGCCGAAGGUGAAUAGGAGGAAGGGUGAUAAUGAAACCAAAAAGGUGAAGGUGGGACAGCUAGAAAAGAUGACAAAGGAAGGUGGACAAAUCACGUGCUUACUUUGCAAGCAACCUGGACAUAACAAGAGGGGAUGCCCCAAAAGGCCAACUGAAAGUGAAGAAGCAUCAGCAAGCACUCACCAGCCAAUACCAAGAAAACCUCUAACUUGUGGAUAUUGUAAGCAGCCUAGUCACACCAGGACAACAUGCACUGCUAGAUAUUUUGUUGAUGAAAAUUCUGGUCAAUCUGAUGGACUAGGAAGAAAGAAGAAGCACAGAGUUGGUGAAUUCAUUAAUUCACCAGAAUUGAACCUUCAAGGUUUGCAAAGGGAGACUACUAUGAGACAUACCCAUCCUAGCCAAUUUCAUAAGGCACAGCCACCUCAGAAAUCAACCAAGAAGAAGGGAUCAAGUGAAGCUUGAGGAAUGGUUCUUCUUUUUUUUUUUUGGUUUGAUGCAUGGGAGUAAAGAACUUUGGUUUAAGGUUGCAAAAUGUGUUUUCUAUAGGUAAUAUGUAAAUGCAGUAAAUGCAUGGAAACAAA